GCGAUAUCGUCCUCGUAAUGCUGCAGUGCUCCAAAGCUUACUACGUAGACGCCAGGACGCCCAAUGUAUUGCGCGUCGACUUUGAACAACGUUUCAUUAAAUCCUCUUUUGAGCGUUGCUUCGACAACGGACUCGCAGUCCAUUUAAAAAAGAGUGAUCCGACUUGGGAGGUCCCCCCCCAAUCGCAACCGGAAACCUCGUCAACUUAUCGCCAUCUUCCCACUGAGAAAUCACCACAUCACUACACCACCAGCGCGCAGACUUACACCACGCCAACAACGAUGGCGCCGAGCAAACUCAACGUUCUCAUCACGAGUUUUGCGGGGUCCGGCCUUCCGCCGACUCUGUCCCUCGCUCUGCCGCCCACAACCCCCGUUUCCUCGCUUCUCGACGAGCUCGACAGCCGUCUCCCGCCAUCCGCCACCACCUCCAACACCCGCCUGCUCCUGACGACGCUCUCGGGCCGCUCCGUCCCGCUCAACUCCGCCCUUCCCAUCAGCCACUUCCUUCCCACCACCGCCGCCACCGCCGCCACCGCCGCCGCCCAAGAUGAGCACGGCUAUGGCCAGAUCCAGACCGACCUGCUCCCGCUCCGCCUGUCGGCCCCGCUCGUCGGCGGCAAGGGCGGCUUCGGCUCGCAGCUGCGCGCGGCCGGCGGGCGCAUGUCGAAGCGCAGGAAGGGCCCCAACGGGGCCGAGGAGAACGGCUCGUCGCGCAACCUCGACGGGCGGCGGCUGCGCACCGUGACCGAGGCCAAGGCGCUCGCCGAGUACCUGGCCAUCAAGCCGGAGAUGGACCGCCGCGAGAGGGAGAAGCGGCGCAAGCGGUGGGAGGAGAUCGUCGAGAUGACGGAGCGCCGCCAGGAGGAGAUCAAGUACGGCAGCCGCAAGGUCGGCCUGGACGGGAAGUGGGUGGAGGACAAGGAGGAGGUCGGCGAGCGCACGAGGGAGGCCGUCCUCGAGGCCAUGAAGAGGGGCGGCUACAGGGAUAACUUGUUUGGGGAACUGGCGGGCGAGAGCGGGAGUGGGAGCGGGAGUGGGAGCGGGAGUGGGAGCGGAAGCGGCUCCUCUGCGGAUGAAGACGGAGAUGAAGCCAUGGAUGAUGAGAUGGACCAGGACGAGAGCGGGGGUUCCAAGGUGACUACGCCUCCUUCGGAGCCGGAACCAGUGGUAGACGCCAAAGGAAAGGGGAAGGAGAAGGAAGUCGUGAAUGGAAACGGCAACGGCAACGGCAACGGCAACGGCAACGGCAAAAGCCACGGAACGGCUACCGCCAGGAGGUUUAUCGGCUUUGACGAAGACGAUGAGUUCAUGAGCUCGGAUGAUGAGAGCGAGAGCGAAGAAGCAAAGAAAUAGUUUGGCAUGUAGGAGAUGGGACUAAACUGUAAUGUUACUUGGCGAUCUUUGGCUUUCUGUGUGAUGGGAGGCAUCCAUGGGUCGGCGCGGGGGAUGGCGUUCGAUGGUCACGAACAACACUAAUUGAUAUGACGAUAUCAGGCACUCUCGGUAUGCUAUUUGAAA